CCGGCGGAGCCGAUCGCAGGGCCCGGGGCGAGGGCUCGGCCUCUCCGGCACGCGGGGGCUCGGAUCCUGGGUCCCGGGGAGCCGAACCGAACCGAACCGAACCGAGCCGAACCGGGCCAUGGGGGAGGCGCCCAGCCCGGCGCCCGCGCUCUGGCCCUGGGGCUACCUGGACCGCUGCUUCGCCCGCCACCGCGUCUGCCUCUCCUUCGGCCUCUGGGUCUGCUCCUCCUGCUGCCUGCUCGCCGCCCACGUUCUACUCCUCUAUCUGCGAUGUGUCAGGAGGACCAGAAAAGACCAGUCAGUGCUGACUGCUGCCUGCUUCCUCCUGGCCAGUCUGUGUGACCCUGCAGGGGCCAUUCUGGCCAAACAGCUCACCAUCCAGGUUUUCACAGGGGCCUACCUAGCAGCUGUUCACCUGGCGACCUUUGUGUUUGUUCUCUUCCCCAUCUGCCGUGCCAAGUCCACUUCCAGUUCAGGUUGGGGCUCCCAGGAGAGGAGGCGGGGACAGCAGCUUCAGACCAGCAUGUUUGCCCUGAUGCUGCCGCUCAGCCUGGGCCCGGGUUGGACUCUCUGGGCUGCGGCUCCGGUGGCCUCUGCCCCCAUCCGAGGGCCGCAGAGGAGGCUGCUGGGAAGUCUGCUGCAGGACAACACGGAAACCCUCGGCUGCCUGCUGGGGACCGUCGCCGCCUUGGGCUCCUGGGCCUCCCGCUUCUCCCCACUCUCCAGAACCUGCCAGGGUGAGGCGGUUCCCUCCAUCAGCCUCUGGACCUGCCUCCUGUCGGCCCUGGACGGCCUCCUCUAUGCCUCAGCCAUCGUGGCCCAUGACCAGCGACCAGAUUACUUGCUCCAGGCCACACCUUGGCUCCUGAGCUCUCUGGGCGGUGCUGCUCUGGACCUCUCUAUCAUCUUCCUGUCCUGGUGCGUGCAGUGCGGGAUGUGUGAGUCCUGGACAGGGGCAUCUGAAGGUCAUCAGAGCCCUGACACCCAGGCCCUUCUCACCAGUGGUGCAGACGAGGAAGAAAGUCCUUCAGCGAGGAGCAAGAAUUCCGACUGGGUGCCUCUCACCACACUGCCACAUUGCAAAUCAUUCCAGACAAUGGCAGCUAUCAGUCACUACAUGGAGUUGACCGUGGAGCCAGUGCAGAGGGCCGGCUGCAGAGCCACUGAGCUUUCAGGCAAUGGACAGACCAGCCCCCGGGCAGUGUCCCCGCAGGAGCCCCCCUCGUAUCCUCCCGUGCAGGUCAUCCGGGCCUGCGUGUCCUCCAGCAGCGGCUCUGAGGCCUCAUCCAUCAACUCAGACCUCGAGCAGAAGUAUUGGGAAGCCCUAAACUCCGAGCAGUGGGAUCUUGAAGAUUUAAACUCUGGCAGAGACAGAGGCAGUCAUAUGGAGAUACUCAGAGCCCAGGUGCUCAGAAGCUCUAUGAUGCAAGUAGACUUGAACUCUGAUGAAUAGGACUUCUGUUCAGAGCCCAAGAUCUGCCCUGCAGUCAUCAUCAACCUACAGCAUAUAUGUGCCCCCAGGCCGUGGGAGGAAUUUGAGCUUCUGCAGAGUCUGCAUGUGGCAGUGAGGAACCAGGAGCUGAGCGUGGUUGGUCUUUACAGUGUCUCAGCAUGAUGCUAAGAUGUGGUGUCCUCUGGACAGCUCCAGAAAUGCACAGUUUGUUUUAAAGAAAUGAAGUUCAUUGACUUCUCUUAAUUUUCAUCUGAAGGGUCCUGAAUCCUCUUACCUUUAGUUCCAGCCAGGAAGGAGUUUCUCUAACAGAAGGUCUACCACUGUGCUAUCUCUUCGGCUCCAAGUUAAUGUAUUUCUAUGGAAGUUGAUACUACUGAUUUUUAAAUA